AUGAAUUGUGUGAACCAAAAGAUCAACAUUAUUAUUACAAGAAUCAUAAAUCCUUACAUGCACCUUAAUAUUCUUGCAGAAUUUAUAGCCGAACAAUUAAAAAAUAGAAUUUCAUUUCGCAAAGCAAGGAAAAAAGCUAUUGAAUUAACAGAACAGACAGAUACAAAAGGAAUUCAAGGUAGGGUCCCUUUACAAACCAUUCGAGCUAAUAUUGAUUAUUGUUCCUAUACAGUCAGAACUAUUUAUGGGGUAUUAGGUAAAUUUUUUUGGAUAUUUAUCGACGAGGACUAG